GCAACACUGCUUUUCCGAUGAGAUUGGGGGAAAUACGGUCGGAUAUACGGUCCACGACAAGGUCCACGACACAACCUGGCAACUGGCAAGUGGCAACUCUCCAUUCUCCGGCCACCGAGAAACAGCAGGUCUGCAGGAGGUCGUGGUGGUCCACAGCCUAACUAGCCCCCUAAGACCCCGGCAGAAGAGAAGGGCACCGGUACUGUGACGAUGCCUCGCUACGCCUUCAAGCAACGGAUUCAGAUCCUUGCAGCUUUUACGGUACUUCUAGCUGAAGAGGAGAAUGAAGAACGUGAAAGAAUUAGGCGAAGAAGGAAGAUCUGGACUCGAAAAUGGUUAAAGAGACGGAUGGAGGGCAGCCAGUACAAGAAUCUUUUUCAGGAGCUAGCACUGGAGGACGAAGACGGGUAUAGGAACUGGAUGAGAUUGGACAGACGUCAGUUCUAUGAGGUACUUGAGCUUAUAAGGCCAUCGAUUUCCAAACAAGACACGAAUAUGAGGGCUGCAGUAACUGCUGAGGAACGGCUAGCCAUCACCAUGCGUCACUUAGUCACAGGAGAAUCACAACAAUCAUUGAGCUACCAGUUCCGGGUCAGCCAGCCACUCAUCUCUAAGAUCAUCCCAAGUGUGUGCACAGCAAUCUAUGAAGUCCUGCAACCUAUCUACAUGAGGGUCCCCACCACUCAAGAGGAAUGGAGGAAAGUGGCAGCAGAAUUCCACAGACUGUGGAAUUACCCCAACUGUCUAGGGUCCUGCGAUGGGAAAAGGAUUCUAGUUGCUAAGCCUGCUAAUAGUGGAUCUGGUUUUCUUGAUUAUAAGGGACACAGUAGUAUAAUCCUUAUGGCACUAGUGGAUGCUAACUAUAAAUUUUUGUAUGUUGAUGUGAGCACCAAUGGGAGUGUCAGUGACAGUGAGGCUUGGGAUAAAUGCACCUUAAAAGCAGUCCUAGAAAAUAAUGAUGUGCAGGUUCCUUCCCCAGAAAAGCUACCAUUUUCCCAAAGAAUGACUCCCUUUGUCAUCAUAGCAGAUGAUGCCUUUCCACUCAAGCCAUGGAUUAUGAAACCCUAUCCAGGAAAAGAUUUAUGUAUGGAUAAAUUAAUUCAUAACUAUAGAUUAUCAAGAGCAAAAAGAUUAUCAGAAAAUGCAUUUGGCAUACUUGUGAGUAGAUUUCAAAUAUUUCGACAGCCUAUCAGAACAUCUCCAGAAUGUGUAGAAAAAAUUGCGUUAGCAACUACCGUUUUACACAACUACUUGUGUGUUAGCUCACAUCAGACAUAUGCACCACUGGAGUUGCUGGACAGAGAGGACAUCUCUAAUAGGAAGAUGGUUGCUGGCCAGUGGCGUGACCACACAUGUGGUGCUUUGGAAAAUUUACAUGCUCAAGGUCGAAGACCCACACAGGUGGCAAUAUAUGUAAGAAACACCUUCUGUGAUUAUUUUAACAAUGAAGGCAAAGUGCCCUGGCAGGAGGACAUGGUUUUUAUGCAAUAAGCAAGAUGCCUAUUGUAUCAGCUCUGUACAUGUUUUUAUGUUGCCCUCAGAACUCAUCUUUGCUCCCUUCUAAGUAGUUUCACUGGACUCUGGACUGAUAGUGGUCAUCAGGACAACAUGGGUAGUCAUAGGUCCAUUGUCGAGUGAGGGGGCAGUCACUGUGGCUGCCCUUUCUGCACAGCAGUCCCAGCUCAUUGCCGUGCCUUCGCUCCUGAGUGUGAUGCCAAGCAGUCUUCAGGGAGGGAGGAGACAGAAUGGUAUUACAAUCUCUCACCACAUCCAUUAACACCUCUUCGCAUUGGUUCAUGAAUGCAGAUACAGUCCCGCACCUCUAAGUGCUGGGACAGAACAGGAACUGUGAUCGGCAGCAGGAAGCAUUACGACUACCAUAUCAAGCUUCCAAGCGUUAUGGUAUACUGGAGGAAUCGUCGCUUCCCAUGUCUGUGCCAGGAACAAGUUCCCGUCACCAAAUACUUGCAGUUAGGGACUCCAUUGGGUGCAGUCCAGGCCACGCCCUCAGAGGAUGGAAGCCGCAGGGUGCAGUUUGCCCUGCCAAUGCAACCCAUACAUCAUAGGAGCAGGCAGGAAUGGCACUUUUAAUGGACCUACACUCUGAACACCAGUCAAGAUGGCAGGGGCAUUGUAAGGAGCACCUCCAGUACCAGGCUUGAGGCCCGCUCGUCUAUGUUUACCAUGUAAAUACUGCUGUAACUAAACUCAUUAAAUAAUAUAUAUGUAACUUUAAAAUGUAAAGAAUAAACUUUUUUAUGGUAUUGAGAAAGUUAACUUAAACAUUUAAUUUAUAAAUGACAAAUAUAUCAUUUCAGUUCCAUAAUAAAAUAAUAAUAUAUAAUGUCA